GCAUGCGUUGUGACUCAACAAAGGCGGAAGUGUACAGGAAAUUGAAAUUGUCGUCCAUUUUAUUGUGUUUGUAAAUAUUUUCGAAAAUACUGGAAAAAUGAGUUAGAAAAUGAAGCCGAAAACAAACCGACGGGGCAAAGAAAGGGCUAGCGACAAGGACACCGUUGUCGCUUACCAUGAGUUUAUUCAGGGACGAAUUCACGGCGAACUAAAUGGUGUCUCGAUAGGUCCAGGUUACCUGUUCUCUAAAAUCGCCUUAUGCCUGGUCAUUUUUGGGGCAAUCUGCCUCGUAAUAGGUUGUUUGCUUAUCACCCUUCGCCACCGACAUGUCUACCUUGUGGAUUGGAAUGCCCAGUUUUUGGGUCCGUUCUUCGUGGCAAUGUUCCUCUUGUGUUGUGGUAUUGCAGUCUUCCUAUUGCAAAUAGCAAGAAACAGAACAAACCAAUACCGCAAAGAUUUGGCAUUUCGACCCAUUGGUGACUAUGGUGUUGCUGUUGUCCACAAAAGCAAGCUGUCCUACGAAGAGCAAAAGAAGACAGAGUUGAAGUCUGGAACCACGCCACACAAUGUUCGUCACCCUGGACGGCCGGGUGUGAAUGACAGAGGUAACCAGGGUGAUUAUAGCAAGCCACGUGGCUAUGAUAACCGUGGUUACAAAGACGACCGCGAUAGACCGCGUGACAAUCGUGACGGACGUGACCGACCACGACGUCAACCACAAGACGAACAUGACCGACCACUUAAGCGUGACAUGGACAGACCAGAUGAAAAGGAACGAGGGCGUCGACCUCCCGAUGAUAGAGAUCGUCGCCGUCGGCCACCAGAUGAUGAGGAGCGCAAACGAAGACCUCCAGAUGACAGACGGCGGCCACCUGAUGACAGAAGGGGACCUGAUGACAGAGACCGCUCAAGGAGGCCACCACAAGGUCCAGAAGAUGAAAAACGCAGGGCAGAGGCUCGACGAAGAUACGAGGAUGACAAGAGAAGGCGACUUGAGGAGGACAGAAGGCGGGCUGAACUCAGGAAGCAGGCAGAGGCUAACUCACAACCGCAAGGUGAUGAACGAGGAGUGGACGUGGACCCUGGAUCUCGGACAUACCAGAUACAGACCACAGUACGCUUACAACGUGACCAACAAGGCAUGGACGAGUCUGACCUCUAGAUCUGCUGUGUCUUUACACAUUGCGACAUAUCUUUGUGAAUGGUUUAUUGUGCAAAUUUAAUUUACCCUUGUCUAUGACAUAGCAAUAUUCAAUAUUGUGUAACAGUUACAAGUCCGAAUUGUAGAUCUGCUUACACAGCUUAUUGUGUAAUAAUUAUGAAUUCAAUAAUCAGAUUGGUCUUUUAUUGAACAGAGAAAAUUAUAAAACAAUCUCCCAAACAGUUUUUAGCUCUACUGGUAAACGGCACGAAUCAUGUGAUGACGCGGUGUUUGUCGCCUUUGACUCUGUAUACAACUACUUGUGAACGUGAUUUAGUCUUCAGUUUUUAUUUUAUUUUUAACAAACUUAAACAGUAGUUAGAUAUACAUCAGAACUCUGUUCCUUUUUUAAACCAGCCAGAUCUGCCAAUUCAUGACUGGAUUAUGGCUCUCGAAAUGAUCAAAAUUGCUAUUAUAACCAAGUGAUGCAGUCAAAGGGAGACAACCUGUUUUCAAAUAGUGUACCCUUUUUGUUCUAAUUACCUUUGUUUUGUUAGAGGUGAAAAUUACAGUCCAAGAGAGUAAACCUGUACCCAGAAAGUGCAGUUGGUUUACUCCCUUUCAUGCUCUGAUUUGAAAUUGACUUAAAAAGCCAUGCCAGUAAAGCAUUGGUCAUUAUGGGCUUCUUGUUUUUGUAUCUCAUUAAGUAUGUUUUUUUAAACACAAAGUGACGUCUUGUAAAAACAUGGAUGAUACAUAUAUUUAUACUGUUAUAUAUUAUUCCUCUGAAUCCAUCCUCUUUCAAGCAAUUAAAUAUAUUAAACAAGUGCUAUAAAUCUUUCACAAAAUUCUGUGACUUUCCAUGUUGGUUGUCUAGCUGGUUCAUAUAAGGAUGUCUUAAAGCUUUGUCCAUAGAUUUCAUUGAUGUAUAAAAAUUAAAAAUGGACUAUAAUGUGUACAUAUCAUAUGUUUAUGGUUUUACAUUCCUAUAGUGUUUUAGGCACGAAACCCAUAAUGACCAUUUUUGUUAAAAAUGAAACAAAGUUUAAGAUGUAUCCUAGUGUCGUAGAAUAAGAUAGGUCUACAAUUUUGUCUGAAACUUGUAAAAUUUAUUGUCAAGUCUCGACCGCUAUUUCUUAUACACAAUAGUAUGCAUUUUUCGGCAGUAUACAUGUACUUCCAAUUAUUUGUAUAUAGAUCAUCAUCAUAUAUUUUUUAUACAGCUUGUAUUUGUAACCAUUCCAUGUAUUUUAUAAACUGUAUAUAGUGUCAUUCUGCCACAUUUGUAAAUUCUUAACAUUUGCAAUCAUAUCAUAAAAACAACAUUAAAUGUAUGUAAAAAUAAUGAAACCCAAUACAACACAUCUUAGGCUGAACAAAAAUAAUGUGGAUCCAGUAACCAGGCUUAUUUUUAAGUUCCAAAAGUAAAUUAAUUUUAACAGUAUUGUACAAGUUAUUCAAGGCGAUGCAGUUUACUUAUAUUGUGCUGCUUAAUGUUAGCAAUAUGAACAAAACAAUGAGAACACAAUAAAAAAUAUCCUGCCUAGGAUUGUCUCAGCAUGUUACAGGAACCACAUUUUUUAUGUUUGGCCUUAUAACACAUUCCAUUUUUGAACAUGAAUUCAAUAUCUCUUCAAUGUAUAAAGAAAUAUGGUAAUCAUUAGGUUUUCUUAAACUUUGUACAUAACUGAAUUUUAUACACAUUAAAUAAAACCAGAAAACCA